UGUGUUUCCUUUUAAUUAGUACACAAGAAAGCGUAUAUCAGCGAGUUUAAGCAUUGUGAAAUGAAGUAGAAACGCGGAUUUCGCCUAACACAGAUCAACCUUGCCAUAACACAGCUAACGUUAAAUAUUUACGGUCAUUAACAGUACUUCUUACUCUGCAGUAAUGACGUCACUGGGUUCACAGGGGAGCAGCAGUUCAUCCUCAACGGAGUAUGUAGUACGAGUUCCAAAAAACACCAAUAAGAAAUACAGUAUAAUGGCUUUCAAUGCUGGUGAUAAAGUCAGUUGUUCCACAUGGACUCAGGCUCGUAUGGAGCGGGACAUGAGUAAUAGACGUAUAUAUGGUGAGGAGGAGACACAAGAGGGGGCAGCAGGGAGUGAGUUUGGAAAAAAACAGAGAGAAGAAGCAAGGAGGAAGAAGUAUGGCAUCAUUACGAAAGAGUUCAAGGUAGAGGACCAGCCUUGGAUCCUUAAAGUUAACGGCAAGGCAGGAAGAAGAUUUAAGGGUAUAAAAAAAGGGGGCGUUACAGAGAAUGCGUCCUACUACAUCUUCACACAGAGUGCCGAUGGUGCUUUUGAGGCAUUUCCCGUGCACGCCUGGUAUAACUUCACACCACAGGCCAAACACCGCACGCUCACAGCUGAGGAAGCAGAGGAAGAGUGGGGCAGGAGAAACAAAGUGGUGAACCACUUCAGUAUCAUGCUCCAGCGGCGUUUAAGAGAACAGGAGCGAGGAGGAGGAGAUGAGGAUGAGGAGGAAGGAGAAAAAGGCACAAAGAAAAAGAAGAAGGGAGGCAGAGGAGGUGACCUGCGAAUUCAUGACCUCGAGGAAGAUUUGGAAAUGAGCAGCGAUGAAAGUGAUGGCAGCAAUGGAGAUGAUGAUGAAGCCAAGGCGAAAGCUAAAAAGGAAAAAGGUGCCAAAGGCAAGGGAAAGAAGAAGAAGAAAAAGGGCAGCGACUUAGAAGGAUUUGAGGACAGUGAUAUUGAAGGAGAGGCAGCGUCAGCACUGUUUAUGAAGAAGCGCACACCUCCUAAGCGAGGAGGUGGCCGUGGCUCAGCAGGCAGUUCAAGAACAGGUAGUCGACCAGGCACACCAUCUAUUGAUAAUGCUGCCACUUCCAACACUCUCCGUGCUGCUGCCAGCAAACUGGAGCAAGGUAAGCGACAGACAACUGUGCCGAGCUCAGAAACUCCAGCAGCCAAGAGAUUAAAGAUGGAGCCCAGUCCUCAAAGCUCCUCAGGGAAAAGCACACCACAGCCAGCGUCAGGGAAAUCCACCCCCAGCGCCAGUGAUGUGCUGCUGACAGAGGAUGCGGUGCGCAGGUAUCUCAUCAGAAAGCCCAUGACCACUAAAGACCUGCUGAAGAAGUUCCAGACUAAACGCACAGGCCUCAGCAGCGAGCAGACAGUCAAUGUGCUCGCGCAGAUCUUAAAGAGGCUCAAUCCAGAGAGGAAGAACAUCAAUGACAAGAUGCACUUCUACCUCACUGAGUGAAACUCUAAGCAUCCAUCACCAGCAGCCUCGCCUUCAGGAAUGCAGCUCAUUUUGGUGAACACCUACUUUGUUUUGCUGUCAUUUUGCUUUUAACAGUCCAGUGUUUAUUUACAGUAGUCAUUAAACUGCUGCUCAUUGAGUUAAAGCUGAGAAUACCGGAGGUCAAGAGUAAAAUGACAAAGAAACGUUGCAAAGAAAGAUAGCACAGUGAGUUUUUGUAUAUUGUAGAUAUAGGAAAUGUGUGAUUGUAAAUUUCACAUUUAUGCAUCUUAAUGAGAAGCUGGUUAAUGUUUUUCCAAGAAAGAAAUUAAAUAAGGACUCAGAAAAUGUGAAGAUGUGGCUUUUAUUACACACUCAUUUGUUCUAAUAGAUUUUUUUUUUAACUGGCUUAACAUUGUGCUGAUUUAAAAAAAAAAA